CCAGUGUAAACUUGGCCAGCCCUAAAAAAUAAUAUUUUCAUUAAAAAAAAAAAAAAGUAUCUGCUAACAGUAUUACAUGGCCAACCCAGUGCAUAAUGAUUUGUUUUUGCUAAAUUAACAAUGUCUUCUCCUUGUUUGGAUUUCAGAAAUCAUGGAUCUUUCAGAUGCCCUUGACUUCCCACAGCAAAAUAAUCCGCAGGCAGGAGGCCCAGCAUGGGCCGGCCAACCAGCCAACCCCACCUGGCCCGGUCAGCCUGCUAACCCCACAUGGCCCGGUCAGCCUGCUAACCCCACAUGGCCUGGUCAGCCUGCUAACCCCACCUGGCCUGCACAGCCAAACCAACCAGGCUGGCCAGGGCAACCAUACCAGCCAACAUGGCCUGGACAGCCUGGGCAGCCUACAGCUCCUGGGCAGCCUACAGCUCCUGGGCAGCCCACAGCUCCUGGGUGGCCUGGACCUGUACCACAAACCGGCCCUUAUGGUGCUCCUGGCCAAGCCCCACAAGCACUAACCGUGCCAUUUGACCUGCCACUACAAAAUGGAGUUUUUAACAAGAUGCUCAUCACCAUCAAUGGAGAGGUCAAACCUAACGCUAAACAUUUCACCAUUGAUUUAAACCGAGGCAACGACAUUGCGUUUCAUCUAAAUCCUCGCUUCAAUGAAGCCGGAAGGCAAGUGAUUGUACGAAACAGCUGUAUUGGAACCCAGUGGGGCAAAGAAGAGCGUGAGCUCGCCUCCUUCCCAUUUGUCCAGGGAAAGCCUUUUGAGAUGAAGAUCUUAUGCACUGACACUGAAUUCAAAGUGGCUGUGAACAAAUUGCACCUUCUUGAAUUCAAACACCGGCUCCGUGAGCUCAACCAGAUCAGAGGUCUUAGAAUCUAUAAUGAUGUUACCCUGAGCUCUGUAAAUGUGGAGACACUGCAGUGAAAGCAUACUACAGAUUCUGGCAUGAUAUGUGAUGAUCUUUUCAACCACAUGGGCAAAUCCUUUUUCCUCCAGUAAUCAUCUUUUUUUUUUUUUUUUAAACACUGUGUGUCAGUAAGAGUUUAUAUUUCCUACAGAUGUUAGAGUGAUAUAAAUUAGCAUGCAAAUCCAGUUUUUCUCAAUUCUGUAGUUAGCUUUGCCACCUCUAGGUGGGCCUGUUACUAUCCAGGAAGAGUUAGGUUGUGAUAAGGGUACUCAAGAAUAGUGCAUAAUUAAUGUGAAAAUAAAACUGGAAUAAAAUUGGAUUCUAUGAUCUGUAACCAGUGCCAAAAGAUUAUUCUUCUUGGUUUGAUGAUCCCAUGAUUGAAUAAACAAACAGAUGUAAACACUGA